UCUUUUUAAUAGUAAAGGCAUCUCUCUUAUAAAAUUACAAUAAUUGAACCCUCUCUCUUCAUCUUCUCCGAUUGCAACUUGAAUCACUCACUACUCGUAGAGAAGAAAGGGAUCGCCUUUCAUCAACUCUCUGUGUCGUUAUCUCGAUUUCGUGACAAAGUUUUGCCUCAGGGUUGAUUGCAUUUGAGUCUUGAAAAGGAAUUGGCUCGUCUUCCUGUUUAUCUGAGCCUGAGGAGAAGAACUUUCUGCGGAGUGUCCUUUUGCACUUAUUAUUCUCCAUGGGAAGUAAUGAGAAUCUACCACCCAAUGUUAUCAGGCAGCUCGCCAAGGAACUCAAGAGUCUUGACGAGUCUCCUCCAGAAGGCAUCAAGGUUGUUGUCAAUGACGAGGAUUUCUCUCAGAUUUGUGCUGACAUUGAAGGACCAGUUGGGACUCCUUAUGAGAAUGGACUUUUCCGUAUGAAGUUAGCACUGUCUCAUGAUUUUCCACAUUCCCCACCUAAAGGCUACUUCAUGACAAAGAUAUUCCAUCCCAAUAUUGCUUCUAAUGGAGAGAUCUGCGUUAACACGCUUAAGAAAGAUUGGAAUCCUAGUCUUGGAUUAAGACAUGUCCUCUCUGUUGUGAGGUGCUUACUGAUCGAGCCGUUUCCAGAAUCUGCAUUAAACGAACAGGCUGGGAAGAUGCUACUUGAGAACUAUGAAGAGUAUGCUAGGCAUGCUCGGCUUUACACGGGUAUCCAUGCUAAACCGAAACCUAAGUUCAAGACAGGAGCUAUCUCAGAGUCAACGACGGCUCUAAACGUUGGCCAGACUAACAACGAGACGCCUGGUGCUACUGCUUCUGCAGUACCCUCUUCAGUGGCAGACAUCAACAGAGUAACAACAACAACGAGUGGCCAAGACCAACAAGAAGUGGCUAACAAUUCUGUAGCAGCAGCAGGUUCUGCGAGUGUGGUCACUACGACACAGAAAAGGGAAGCCGGUUUGGCCAAGGUUCAGGCAGACAAGAAGAAGGUAGACGCCAGAAAGAAGAGCUUGAGGAGACUGUGAUGGUGCUACUUUUCAAGAGCUAUUAUAGGCUUUUAUGUAAUCAGGAUGUCUGGUUAUGUUGAUUUGUUGGUCUAUAUAAUCACUCUUUUGUAAUCGGUUUACAGUAACCGAACCAGGCUUGAGAUAUUCCUUGGUAUAAUUUACUGCGACCAAUAAACUGGUUAUUACUUUUAAA